AUUACCUUUGCCAUUAAAAACGUUAUGUAAAUAUCAUUACGAUAAUCGAGCUAACUUUGUAUGUGCCGUUACAAAUGUACAAAAAUUGUUUACAUGGAUUAAAGAUAUACGGAAGCAAUCUGAACUCGAAGAUAUUAGCCAUCAUUACAAUUAUACUCUUGUUUACUGUAAACGUUCAUUGGAAAACCAUUAUCAGUGAUAUUGAUCCAGACAUUGUCAAAAUAAUCUACACAGUCAAUUUAGUAAUGACAAUGGUUAUUUCAACUUUAAUGAUUACUGGUGCAUUGAAAAGAAGUACUGCAAUGAUGCUACCGUGGGUGGUUUUAGGUAUUAUCCUUCUUGGUGGUCUCUUUGUUAGCGUACUCUACACAUCAAUCAGUUUGUUUUUCAACGAUGAUGAACUCCAUCAUAUGCUGUAUGGCGCAUUAUUUUUAAUAUUCGGACUUUUAGUUUUAUAUAUCUACUUGUAUUUCUGGUUUGUAGUCUACAGCUAUUUCCAACAAUUGAGAACAGAAAAAAAUACCAUAAAAAUUGGCCCAUAUGGACGUCCUUACUUAUACCAACGACCUUAAAUGCAACUAAUAAUAAUAUCUUAACAUUUUGUCGUAAGAUUUUCUUAAAUUAAAAUAAUACAAAGAAUUUCUGUUUUCGAUGAAACACUUAGAAAUAAUAUUAAUUUUUCAAUAAAUUAUAUUUAAAGAAAUAGCGAGAAACAAUUAAAAAAUAAUUAGCACUAUAAUGACUUUUUAUUUUAAUUUACAGCGUUUAUCAAAUAUUAUUUGAUAAAAGUAUAGAUUCUUUUACAUUGAAUAAAUAUAUUUGAAAUAGGACAUUGAUUACUCAUUCAGUAACAUCUAUACAAAUUUGAAAGAAUAAAUAGAAAUGAAUAUUUCUUUCAAAGCAUACAUAUUAUUAAGGAAAAUUUUAUUGAAACAUGUAUACAUACUCUGUACAUAUGCUCCUCUAGCCACAAAUUUUCUACUGAAAGUAAAAGCCGGACAAGUAGGUAUUAACAUCCAAUUUAUACAUAUUUUUCAAUAUACCAUAUAAUAGAACCAUUUGUUUACUGUUAAAACCUGGUUGGUUAAGUAAUUUAUUUAAUUGAUUUUUUUCAAGUCCUAACAUUCCUAAAGGUCCUAGAAAGUUCCCUCUACUAUAGCACAUUAUUUUGGUUUUAAAAUUGCUUUACCACGCUUUUCUAAAUGUUAAAGUGAACGAAAAUUAAUUUUGAACGUUUCAUUUUCUUUCUUUAGAUUAGUACUCUAGCUUAAAUGAAGGAUUUCUUGAAAUAUUCAAUUUUAUCAUUUUUAUAAGAACUUUUUCAAAUUUUUUCAAAUUUUUUUAAAGUUAUUUUUAUAUUCAGAUACUAAUAUCGGCUGAUUGUUAUCGUUUAUUAAAAUAUUAGUUGCGUAGAGAUAAAUUCCACUAGUGUGCGUGUGUCUGUAUAUGAGUAUCAAAUCCACAAAACUUUUCGAUUCGGUACUAAAAAUAAAGUAAAAAAUUUGUUGCAAACACAUUCUUCACAUUUGGUACACGUAUUCGUUAAUUAAAAACAAAAGAAAAUCUGUAUCCUUGAUCAAUUUUUACUUGAGGAAGCGCGUGUCAGGAGUGUUCAUUAAAAAAAGUAAAAAAAAAAUUGUAAUUUCAACAUUAAUACGAAUUUUAUUCACUAUUUAAUAAAUAUUGCAACGAUAAUCGAUUAUAAAUAUUGAUUCUUUCAAGAUUCGACAGCACUUGAGGAGCGAAAGCAAGCGAAUAGGGGAAAGAAAAGGCGCGCGCGAGGGUUUUAUAUAGAUGAAGUGCACAAACAGUAUGACCUAACCCGUCAGCUGGUGUACUGGAAAAAGACUUUGCCGUGAGUGAGAGUGAGCCGAAAAAAAGUACUAGUACAUAAAAACAACAUCAGUGUCGAGGCAGCAGAGGCAUUCCAGAAGGAGAUGCAACAAUUAGCGACAAUUACAGCAGCAGCAGUAGCAGCUUGACCCAGAGUAUCCGACGACUAAAAGUUUGUUCGCUCGGUUACGGCUGAUCACCGUAACCACAACUCAGGGCAGGUGCAUCUAUCAGUAUCUGAGAUAUUCAUAUUAGCUAGUACCGCGUGAAUAAUUUGAUGUAUGCACCGAAUAACCCUUGCAAUAGUCGUACCUACGUAGUCCGUGUAUAAUUUAUACUCUCUCUCUUCCUGAAUUAUAUUGUAAACCAUACGCGAACGAAAGUCUUUCGACCCGUAAAAAGACUGUAUAUUUUAAUCCAAUUAAAACGAUUUAGGAUAAUUUACCGCCUUGCG